GUCUUCAGAUUGGUACUGACACUCCGCAGAACUGUGAAACAAACAUACAUUUGUAUUUGAAGUUUGAUGAGUUUUUGUGAAGACCAUCAUAUAUAAUCUUCAUUAAUUCUGUAAUAAAAUACAAAUAUCCGAAUUUCCCGUUCCCAAUAAUGGCAUCCAGAGUUAUAAAAAGAGACACAAUUAGAUUGGGCCAAUGCAUAUUCAGGGCCCAAUCUACUAUGUCAGCAUUUGAAAUUCAACAUAAAACUCCGCUUAUAAAAAAACAAAGUUCAAUUCCUAUUGCUCUUUAUGGUGGAAGAAAUGCAGUAUCAAUGUUACCUGGCGGAGGUAUUGGACCAGAGUUAAUGGCAUAUGUAAGGGAAGUUUUCAAAUAUGCUGGAGCACCAGUAGACUUUGAAGUAAUUGAUAUUGACCCAAAAAGUGAAGAUAAUUUGGAGUUGGAAUAUGCAUUAACUUCAAUUAAACGUAAUGGGGUAGCUAUUAAAGGUAACAUUGAGACAAAAAGUGAGAGUGCUGGAGUACUAUCCAGGAAUGUAGCCAUUAGAAAUGAAUUAGACUUGUAUGUUAACAUUCUUCAUGUUAAAUCCUAUCCUGGAGUUCCUGCUAGACAGAAAGAUAUUGAUAUUGUAAUUAUCAGACAAAAUACCGAAGGUGAAUAUGCUAUGUUAGAACAUGAGAGUGUAAAUGGCGUUGUAGAGAGCAUGAAAGUUGUUACUGAAUCAAAUUCUGAUAGAGUAGCACGGUUUGCCUUUGAAUGGGCAAAAAGACAUGGUAGAAAGAAGAUCACCACAAUUCAUAAGGCAAAUAUUAUGAAACUAUCUGAUGGACUUUUCUUAGAAACAUCAAAAAGGAUUGCUAAAGAAUACCCUGAAAUUGAACAUAACGAAAUGAUUAUAGACAACUGUUGCAUGCAAUUGGUGUCAAAACCUCAUCAGUUUGAUGUAAUGAUCAUGACAAAUUUGUAUGGAAGUAUAGUAUCUAAUGUUGUGUGUGGCCUAAUAGGAGGAGCUGGUUUAUUAUCUGGAAAAAACUAUGGAGAUCAUUAUGCAAUUUUUGAGCCUGGUACACGUAAUACAGGAACUGCUAUUGCUGGAAAGAAUAUUGCUAAUCCAAUUGCUAUGCUUAGUGCAAGUGUCGACAUGUUGCACCAUUUGGGACAUCAACAGCAUGCUAAUUUGAUUCAAAGAGCUAUUUUCAAAACUAUUUCCGAAGAUAAAAUCCACACACCUGAUUUAGGAGGUACUGCCAAAAGCACAGACGUAGUUCAAAGAAUCAUUGAUCACAUAUUACAAGCUGACAUCAGACCAUGGUAAUUUUCAUUGUUCUGAAUGUGUGUGUAUGGUGAUGGCACAGGACUAAUAUUUAACUCAUUCAUUUUUUUGCUAACAACUUUUGAGGCUAAUAAUUUCAUUAACGCGUUUGUGCACGUUCUGCAUUUUGUUGUGAUUGAACUAUCUAUUAUAAUAUGAGUUGUUUUUAUCCUAUUUCUUAUUUUUUUUUGCAGAUUUCAACAAACCGAUAGUAUUUAUGAGUAUUUUGUAAAGUGUUAUAUGUAAGUUAUUUAUUGUAAAUAAUAAAUUCACUGUUAAA